UAAAAAUGGAGCCAACAGAUAAAAAAUAUAUUGUAUAUAUUGUAAUGUUUUUUCAUGGAAUCGCUGCCCUAUUUGCAUGGAAUAUGUUAAUUAAUUCAGAUUCUUAUUUUGUUGACUACAAACUAAAUGUUUCAAACAAUUCAUCGGAAACUCUAAAAACUUAUCGCAAAAAUUUUCUGUCAUAUCUGGGAAUUGCAUCAAAAGCGCCAAAUAUUUUGUUUCAAUUUAUUAAUAUGUUUUUAAGUUCAAAUUAUAAAUCGCUUUCAAAGCGCAUUUGGUCGACACUGUUAUUUCAAGCACUGGUAUUCAUUGUGAUCACUGGUCUGGCAUUUGCCGACUCCAGUCAAUGGCCAGAAAUAUUCUUCUGGAUUACAAUGUUAUUGGCAUUUAUAGUCAAUAUAGCUAAUGGCAUAUUUCAGUGCUGUGUAUACGGUAUUGCAGCCAAACUACCGGUGCAAUAUACUAAUGCCGUAACAAUGGGCUUCAAUCUUAGCGGUGUUAUUGCCGCCAUAUUUCUGAUAAUAUCGUUGUCAAUCGCACCGACACCUAAAGUUUCGGCCGUUUAUUUCUUUUCAGUUGCCGUCAUAUAUCUGUUAUUAUGUUUUAUGAAUGAAUUGUUUAUUAGGAAAAAUAAAUUUUAUACAUUUUAUAUGACAAAAAACGCACAAAUCGGUGACCAAAACAUUGAUAUCGUUAUGAAAACCAUAGCAUCUCGUGAUAGUAAUCAAAAUGAUAGCAAACAAAUGGAUAUUAUAAUUAGUGACAAACAUCAGCAAACUUUAAGUGGAUAUCAAUUAUAUUUACACGUAUUUUACCAAAUAUGGCCACAAUUGUUGACUAUAAUAGUCAUAUAUUUUGUGACAUUUUCAAUAUUUCCGUCACUUCAGGCCAACAUUAGACCAUUGAAUCAAUUGAUUUCCGAUAAAUAUUUUGUACCCGUAUUUUGUUUUCUAAUAUUUCCGUUAUUCAAAACCAUUGGCAACUCAUUGGCCGAAUGGUUGCCCAAACCGUCGCCAAAAUUUCUGAUAGUUUACUCAUUAUUGAGAUUAAUAUUUAUACCGUUUUUCUUGUUUUGUAAUUUCUUUCCCAACGACCGACACCUACCAGUACUCAUCGGUAAUGAUAUACUUUACAUAUUGGGUGCAAUACUUAUGUCAUUGACAUCCGGCUAUUUGUCGAGUCUGGCAAUAAUGUAUUGUCCAAUGCUAGUAGAGCCCAGGUAUGCCUCUAUAGCAGGUAUGAUGGCAUCAUUUACUAUAUUGUUUGGUAUAUUAUUAGGACUUAAUUUUUCCUUAGUAUAUCCCAUUAUUAUUAAUCUAUAA